AUGGCACCCACUCCUCCCCGAUUAAGAAUUCUAUCAGUUGGUGGAAAUGCUGUCUCUGCUUUCCUGUCAUGGAGGCUUCAAGCCACCAACGCUUGCGAUGUGACAUUGGUGUGGAAAUCUGGGUUUGACGCUGUACACCAAUACGGGAUAUCAUUCAAAUCUACAUCUUUUGGCAACGAACGAUUCAAACCACGACAUGUCGUCCGCACACCGGAAGAAGCUGCAAGUAACAAAGAGGGCCCCUUCGAUUACGUCCUGCUUUGCGUAAAAGCCCUACCAGAUGUAUACGAUCUCGCGGCAGUAAUCGAGUCGGUCGUCACACCACAACACACAUGCAUAUUAGUCAACACUACAAAUACACUCGGCGUCGAGGCCCACCUGGAAUCGAGGUUUCCAAGCAAUGUCGUGUUAUCACUCGUCUCGGGUGCUGAGAUAGUGCAAUUGGGAGCAAGCGAAUUUGAGCACAAAGGUUCCACCGAGAUAUGGGUUGGACCGGCGACAAAGAACCCUUCGAUGCCUAGCACUAUACAAGGAGAUAUGGCUGAGGCAUUGGCGAUGACUUUGAGUGGUGGGCAAGUUGAGUGUCAUGUUUCCCCAAACAUAAUGCAACAGCAGUUUGAGAGGAUGAUUGGACCCAUAGCAUUUCAUCCACUGAGUGUAAUCUUCGAAACACCGUCGCACGCUGCGUUACUGGAGAAAGUUGGCGUAAAGUCAAUGAUAUCUGAAUUAUUUGACGAAUUAGUCAACCUUGCCCAAGCACAACAUUGUGAAUUUCCCGCAAACUUCAAAGAAAAGAUCAUGGAGGAUAUGACAAAGCCUUCCGACGUCAAUAGCAUUAUGUAUCAAGACUAUGCCGCCAAGCGACCGAUGGAGGUUGAGACUUAUCUUGGAUCCCCUAUAAAGCUUGCUCAGCUUGUUGGCGUUAAGGUGCCUCGGAUAGAGACUCUUUACCCAAUCCUCCAUAAUCUCAACAUUGUCAACCAGCAAAGAAAAGAGACCAACCUCGCACCAAUACCGUCUCCUAUGGCUCCUGCCAUGAGAAUGUCGUCUGCACCCCCUUCUAGACCUAUGAUGAAUGGAGGACCACCUGGGAGAGGUAGAGGGCGUGGACCGCCUAUGGGUCCUCCACCGGGUAUGCGGCGCGGACCAGGUGGGCCACCGAACGGUUUUGGCCGACCUCCAUCAAACGGAGCUCCCCAAUCGCGAAAUCAGUCGAGGCGGGGUUCUUUGGAAGGUAAUGAUCUCGAAGAGUUCAGUCACUUGGUUUUGUAUGAUGAUAUUCCUGAAGGUGGAGAAGCACCCUAUCCUGCUGCAGCUGGCGGUGGUGGGGGUGGUAGUGGUGGUGAGAUUGCCCUAAGAGAGCGAGAAUUAAUGCUCAGACAACGUGAAAUUGCUCUUCGGGAGCAGGAGAUGCGCAUGCGUCAAGGUGCAGGUCCCCCUCCUAGAUCUCGUCGAGGUCCAUCUACACCUUCAGUGCGAAACGGGGGCGGCUUUGACGAUGACGAUGACGACGAUGACUUCUAUGUUGAUCCUGCAGAUGCUCCACCUGUUCCUCUGAUCGAUCCCGACAACUUUGAUAUGAUGAGCGUUACAUCACGUCGAAACCGUGCAAAGCCGGGGCCAACCAAACAACAAAUGCGUGCUAAUCCAGAAUUCGAUAACGGCCCCCCUCCUCCUCGUCGAGGCGGUGGAUUUAUGCGUGGCAACAUUCCCCGAAAUCGAUCCAGCGCCAGAAUAAUAAGUCAAGUUCCCGGCUUACACGACAAUUUGAUGGAUGAUCCCUUGAUGGGUUAUUCAUCCGAUCGAUAUGGUACUGUGGAUAGACGAGCAAUGGGUAUGGAAUCGAGGUCGAGUUCUUUGACAGCCGCUCGGCUGGACGAGUUACAGUAUGGGUCAUCUGGUCCACCACUUCAUGGGCAAGGUGGUCCAUAUCCAACUGCAAGGAGAGCAAGUCAAUCGCCAGGAAAUCCGUAUAGUCCACAAGCACAGAGAGCAAAUGGAAGACCUUCGCCACCGAAUGGGUAUAUGGCAGGGUCUAUGAAUGGCAGACCGUCGCCUCCAGGGGGUAUGAGACAGCCUGCACCUCGGCACCCGCCGGGACAGGGGAAUAUGGUUGCACCGCAACAGGUUGAGCAAUAUGCUGGGGUGAGCGCCCUCCAUCCACCAAAAGGUCCUAUGAACGUGCGAAGUCUGACCGGCAGUGCUAGCGCUAGCGCAGGUAGUGGUGACAGCGGCGCAAGCGCCAACCUCGACUCAGAGCCAUCUGCAAACAGCAGUCAAAGUAGUCUCGGGCCGCGUCCCCCCAUGGGGGUGAGGUAG